AUGUGUCGACAACCGGCGAAUUUUGCAGAGGAGGUUGCUGUUGAUGAUGCUCAGCAAGAUGACACUCGCUCUGAGAUGGGAGCUAGCAUUGCCUCGUCUAGCACCAGUCUUCUCAGCUCCCUGUUAGAGCAUCGUCGCGAGAAUGGCCGGACCUACCAUCGGUACAAGGAAGGCAAAUACAACAUGCCGAAUGAUGAGCAGGAGCUCGACAGACUUGACUUGAUCCAUAACAUGUGUCUCAUGUCCCUGGACGACAGGCUUGGUCUCGCUCCACAGUGUCAGGAGGGUGCAACAGUUGGUCGUGUCCUUGAUGUUGGCACGGGCACAGGUAUCUGGGCUAUUGACUUCGGAGACGAACAUCCGGAGGCCGAAGUCCUGGGUGUCGAUCUCUCCGCCACUCAACCUGGCCAUGUGCCUCCUAACGUCCGGUUUGAGGUCGACGACAUAGAAGACGAGUGGACAUUCUCACGGCCUUUUGAGUAUAUCCAUAGUCGCUACAUGACGUCCAGCAUCAGCGACUGGCCAAAGUUUCUCCGGAAAUGCUACGACAACCUCGAGCCCGGCGGUUCCCUUGAACUUCACGAGACGGAUAUCUACACCCGAUCCGACGACGGAUCUCUGAAGCCGGAGCAUGCUCUCUACAAGUGGGCCCAGUUCCUCAUGGAAUCGUCGACCAAGUUGGGCGCAGCGUGGAUUGACCCCCCUAAGCUCAAGGACCUCAUGAUUGAGGCUGGGUUCGAGGGCGUGAGUAUGAGCACGUACAAGUGGCCGACGAACACAUGGCCCAAGGACAAGAAGUUCAAGGAACUUGGUAUGUGGAACCACGAGAACUUUAUGCAGGGUAUUGAGGGAAUGUCUAUUGCCCCUUUCACCCGCGCCUUGAACUGGACCCCGGAGGAAGUGGCGGUCUUCCUGAUUGAUGUCCGUAAGGAUGGCAAGGACCACAGUAUCCAUGCAUACUGGCCUCAGUACAUCUUUGUUGGUCGAAAGCCCGAGAAGGCCAAAGAGACUCCAGCGCCGGCGGCAGUGUGA